UAGUCAAGAUAAUUUGGCUCACAAUAUUGUAAUUAUGGUUGAUUCGAGAUAUUUUUGCAGACGAAAAUGAAUGAGAAAAAAUUCUUUGAUAAAUAAAUGUUAUGCAUAAUGUAUGAAGUUAGAAUGAGUGAAUUAAGUGUGAUGAUGGUGUGGUGUCUGUCUCCUUCCGUUCUCCACUUCCUACCAGAGUCUGAGCCUCCGUACAAGGUGGUGGAAAAGCACCCUCAUGUGAAGCUCCUCUCCAAAUGCCGGGACAUGGCGAGGCUUAAGCAAAUCCAGUCCCUGUUCAUCAAAAGCGGCCUCCAGCACAGCCUCUUCGCCCAGAGCAAGCUGAUCCAGUUCUGCGCCCUCUCCCCCUCCCCCGACCUCCCCUACGCUCUUACCCUCUUCAACACCCUCCAACACCAACACCCCUCCCCCACCCCCUUCAUCUGGAACACCCUCAUUCGCGCCCUCCCCCUCUCCCCCUCCCUCCACCUCUACACCCAGAUGCUCCUCUCCGGCCUCCUCCCCAAUUCCCACACCUUCCCCUCCCUCCUCAACUCUUGCGCCAAACACAAAGCCACCCACCUAGCCAAACAGCUCCACGCCCACGCCCUCAAGCUCGCCCUCCACUCCCACCCCCACGUCCACACCUCCCUCAUCCACAUGUACUCCCAACUUGGUCACCUACGCGACGCACGCUUGGUCUUUGAUAAAAGUACUCACAGAGACGCUGUCUCUUUCACCGCUCUUAUCACCGGCUAUGUCUCAGAGGGCCACGUCCAUCAUGCUCGACGCCUCUUUGACCAAAUCCCCGCCAAAGAUGUCGUCUCCUGGAACGCCAUGAUUGCGGGCUAUGUUCAAACUGGAAACUUUCAAGAGGCAUUGGACUGCUUCACCCGCAUGCAGGAGGCUCACGUGUCGCCCAAUAAGAGCACCAUGCUCAGUGUUCUUUCCGCUUGUGGUCAUCUGGGGUCGCUUGAGUUGGGGAAAUGGGUUGGUUCUUGGGUUAGGGAUCAUGGGCUUGGUGGGAAUCUUCACCUCGUUAAUGCGCUCGUUGAUAUGUAUUCCAAGUGUGGGGAAAUCGGUACGGCUCGUGACUUGUUUGAUGGGGUUGAGGAAAAAGAUGUGGUUUCGUGGAAUACUAUGAUCGGUGGUUAUUGCUACUUGAGUUUCUACGAGGACGCCUUGGCGCUGUUUGAGCUCAUGCUUAGGGAAAAUGUCACGCCUAAUGAUGUAACGUUCUUGGCUGUUCUUCCGGCUUGUGCUUGCCUGGGUGCUCUUGACCUUGGCAAGUGGGUUCAUGCGUAUAUUGAUAAGAACUUGAAAGGGACGGAUAAUGGGAAUAAUGUUUCUCUUUGGACUAGUCUUGUGGACAUGUAUGCGAAGUGUGGCUGCGUUGAGGUGGCGGAGCAAGUGUUUAGAAGUAUGGGUUGUAGAAGUUUGGCUUCUUGGAAUGCCAUGAUAUCAGGGUUAGCUAUGAAUGGACAUGCAGAGAGGGCUCUUGGCGUUUUUGAAGAAAUGGUCAAUGAGGGGUUCAAUCCCGAUGAUAUCACGUUUGUUGGAGUGUUAUCUGCUUGUACUCAAGCUGGUUUGGUUGAUCUUGGAGACCGCUAUUUCAGUUCAAUGAUACAAGAUUACGGAAUUUCACCAAAACUGCAACACUAUGGUUGCAUGAUAGAUCUCCUAGCUAGAAGUGGGAAGUUCGAAGAAGCAAAGGUUCUGAUGAGAAAUAUGGAAAUGGAGCCCGAUGGGGCUAUUUGGGGUUCUCUGCUUAAUGCUUGUAGGAUUCAUGGACAGGUUGAGUUGGGUGAAUAUGUUGCAGAACGCCUAUUUGAGUUAGAGCCAGAAAAUGCUGGGGCAUACGUGCUUUUGUCAAACAUAUAUGCAGGAGCUGGUAGAUGGGAUGAUGUAGCAAGGAUAAGAACCAAGUUGAAUGACAAAGGAAUGAAGAAAGUUCCCGGUUGCACCUCCAUAGAGAUUGAUGGUGUCGUGCAUGAGUUCCUUGUUGGCGAUAAGUUCCACCCACAGUGUGAAAGUAUUUAUAGAAUGCUGGAUGAGGUGGAUAGGCUUUUGGAGGAGACUGGUUUUGUGCCUGAUACAUCUGAGGUACUGUAUGAUAUGGAUGAGGAGUGGAAAGAAGGGGCUUUGAGUCAACACAGUGAGAAGUUGGCUAUUGCUUUCGGUUUGAUAAGCACAAAGCCGGGGACUACAAUUAGGAUCGUGAAGAAUCUUCGUGUUUGUAGAAAUUGCCAUUCGGCUACCAAGCUAAUAUCCAAGAUAUUCAAUAGGGAAAUAAUUGCAAGAGAUAGAAACCGUUUUCACCAUUUCAAAGACGGCUUUUGCUCAUGCAAUGACUGCUGGUGAAACUUAAUCUAUCUGUUCAAUGGUACAUAACAUGUGCACUUGUGUAGAAGCAAAGUGAAUGAUUUGCAUUCAUAUAAUUAACUGAUCAUUGGUACA